GGGAAAUGUGCGUUGUUUCUAUUUUUGUGUGGAUUUUAAUUAAAUUUUAAUGUUCUACAAUUUACUAAUUAUUGGUGCCCUGAUUAUCAAUGUACCUGCAAUGGAAUAAUGAAAUUCCCAUGUUCAUUAUGGAUUCCGUUUCCAAGUUACCAGUGACAAGGUUUCACCCUUAUCAUGGACAAAACAUAUCUCUGUCGCAAGACAAUAUGGUGGCCUUCCGGGUAACGAGCUUCGCACACGCGCUGACUUUCAGCGAAAAACCUUUAAAACCAGGUGAAAUCUUUCUCAUCGAAAUCGAGAAGAAUGAGAGGGGCUGGAGUGGACAUCUUCGUGUGGGACUAACUCAGCUUGACCCGAGUGAUCGGUUCGAGUUACCACAGUACGCACUGCCUGAUCUCGCCAACAUGGGCAAAUCGUGGAUAUACGCUGUGACGAAGACACACAACAAAGUGUGCGACUACAGUCAGCAGACAGAACACACGGAACCGUAUCAGUCGAUUCUUGGCGACUCAGAGGUUAUUCACACGCCGCGCGGCACGGUUAGUCGGAGCAUGUUGCUACCGCUUGGACAGUUGCAACAGCGGGGCAUGGACUCAAAAAACGUAUUCGAUGAAAAGAGUUGGAACAGUAUUCUGCCAUUUGAUGUGGGUAGUAAAAUUGGUAUUAUGUAUAAGACAAUCGAUAAUUUAGCUGAUAUGCAUUUUAUUAUCAAUGGCGAAGACCAGGGCCCAUCUGCAAGAGGUAUUGACUGUCGGCAUGGCCCAUUGUAUGCGGUUGUAGAUGUGUAUGGCACAACGAAACAAGUUAGAAUAGUACAGUUGUAUGGAGUUACAUCAUUACAAAAUGCAUGCAGAGAUCUUAUUCUCCAGCGGUUAAAAAAAGACGAUAUUGGACAUCUUCCGUUACCUCAAAAAAUUCAACAGUUCCUGCGAUAUGAAAUUAGUACAUGUGUUUAUUUCACCAUCGCCGUGUAUGUGUCGAAUAUGUGUAGCGUAGAAGAAGAAUCGGACAUCCCAUUACCAAAGCCAGUAUCCAGAUCUACUGAUCGGACAUGCAUGAAGUGCCAUGAGCAGAAAUCUAUUCUAAUAACCAGGGUUGAUGAUGCCUUUUGUAGGGACUGUUUCAUGGUGUACGUGGUUCACAAAUUCCGAGCGUCUAUCGGCAAGUCUCAUCUGAUCCGUGACCAUGAGAAAGUGUUGUUAGCAUUCUCUGGAGGGCCUUCCUCGUCCGCCUUAUUACACUUGGUACUAGAGGGAUUAAGUAUAAGAGCACACAAACGACUGAGGUUUAUACCAAGCAUUGUCCACGUUGAUGAGUUGGGCAGUGUCGAUUCUGUUUCUGCUGAUGAAAGAAAUGAGAAGAACGAACAAGUUGUCUCCCUUAUGAAAGCCUUUGGAUUUCCUUGCUACAUGAGUUGUCUUGAACAGGGUGUUGAUUUGACAAGAUAUAAAGAAAAUGGCUGCCCACCUUGUUGGGAUGUUCUCCAAGGAACUGGGAUAGAAGACUUUGAGAAAGCAAAAAAAAGCUCACACAUUACUGAAAUAAUGGGCUCCAUAAAAUCUGUCACAGCUAAAGAAGAAUACAUAAAAAAUCUCAGAAAUCAGUUGCUGAUAACAAUAGCUCGUUUCUAUGGAUACAGUAAACUUAUGGUAGCUGAUUGUUCAACUAGACUGGGAAUUCAGACACUCUCAGGCAUCGCUCUUGGCCGUGGGGCUCAAAUUUCUUCCAACACAAGUUUUUCAGAUGACCGACAUGGAGAUGUGAUGAUAGUCCGCCCAAUCAGAGAUUUGUCUUCUAAGGAGGUGGCCAUGUAUAAUCACCUUAACGGAGUACAGCCUCUGGUUCUACCAACAGUUACAACCAAGGAAUCUGCAGGCAUCAGUAUUGAACAUUUAACCGAAGCUUUUGUAACUGGUCUUCAGCAGAACUUUCCUUCUACUGUCAGCAAUAUUGUCAGGACAGCUAGCAAACUGGACUCUGGAUGCCAAGUCAAGGGAGACGACUCUUGUGCUUUUUGUCAAGCUCCGUUAGACACGUCAGUAGGCGAGACAUCAGCUCUGCGGGCCGUUGAGCGAUCCUACAGGUUGUCACAGGGUUGUCGGUCCGAUGAGUCCUCAUCCCCGUCUGAUGCGUGUUGUGGUGAGGGCGAUGGCAGCUGUAAGACACCGACUGAUCACAGGUCAGUCACAGAGGAAGUAUUACCAUGUCUGUGUUAUGGCUGCCGACUUAUAGUGAAGGAUAUGAAAGAUCCCAGCAAGUUGCCAAGUCAGGUGAUAGCAGAAAGCAGAUCUCGGAAUAACAGGUUGAAGAUGAUGGAAGAGAUUAAAGAUUUUUUAUUGGAAGAUAAUGGUGUAGAGAGUUGAUAUAUCUACAAAUGGAGGAUACUUCACCAUGUAUAUUUAUUUCAUUACAAACUUGUAAAAAUAAAUAAAUAAUAAUUGUUUUUUAAACUUUAUGGAGAAAAAGAUAAUACAGUGAAACUCCUAUAAACCGGACACCCUUGGGACCAGUACAAAAGUCCGGUUAUAAAGAGGCAUCUGGUUCAGAGAGGUUAAGUUCUGUACUGGUUUUUAAAAAAGGGACUCUUCAAAACGUCCGGUUUUGAGGGAAUUCCAGAUUACAGAGGGUCAAGUCUUGAGAGGUUUUAUUGUAAUUAUAAAUAUUAUUAACAUUUAAACUGUUUUUAAUCACCCUUUUAUUUGCAACCAUUUUUGUUAAAACAAUACAUUUUCAGUUUAUGUAUCGGUGUAUGUCUUAUAUUUAUAAUAAAAGUUUGUCUGAAAUGUAUAGCAAAAUGUUGUUGUGGUGAUAUUAGUUCAGUAGACCUGAAAUUAUAAAAGAACUUUUAGCUUCAUUUAAAACUGUUCUGUACAUCCAGAACGUUUUAGGCUUGGGAAACAAUUUCUAUUCUAGAUAUAGAGAAUACUAAGAAAGGAAAUGGUUUAUAUAACGACACACUCGACACAUUUUAUUUAAUGUUAGAUGGCGUCAGAGAUAUGGUUAAGGACCACACAUAUAUUGAGGGGAAACUCGCU